UCAUUUCUCCAAGUACUGGAGACAGAAACAGCAACUCUAAAAAUGAAAAAGAAUUUCUUUCACUCUCUAAUUCCAUUCACAAACCUUUGCUUCUUAAUCUUAUUACCUGCAUGUAACCCAAUAUCGGCUCCGGCAACUCGUUCGGAAUCUGAUCUGAGUUCUCUGACUCGGGAGCUGCUGGAGUCGGCGAGAGAGCCUGAGUUCUUCGAUUGGUUAAAACGGAUUAGGAGGAGAAUCCAUGAAUACCCAGAGCUUGCAUUUGAAGAGUACAACACGAGUGAAUUCAUAAGAUCGGAGCUUGACUCGCUUGGAAUUGAGUAUGUUUGGCCUAUCGCGAAGACUGGGUUGGUGGGUUCGAUCGGAACAGGGGUGGAGCCCUGGUUCGGUCUUAGAGCAGACAUGGAUGCCCUCCCUAUUCAGGAAUUGGUAGAGUGGGAUUACAAGAGCAAGAACAACGGCAAAAUGCAUGCUUGUGGCCAUGAUGCUCAUGUUACAAUGUUGCUUGGAGCAGCAAAGUUACUUCAAUGCAAGAAGGAUGAAUUGAAGGGCACUGUUAAGCUUGUAUUCCAACCAGCAGAAGAAGGUCGAGCUGGUGCUUACCAUAUGUUGAAAGAAGGAGCUCUUGAUAAUUUCCAAGCCAUUUUUGGACUACAUGUUGCACCUGAAAUGCCUGUUGGUUCAAUUGCUUCUAGACCUGGUGCAAUAGCUGCUGGUGCCGCAAGGUUUAUAGCUGUCAUUAAAGGGAAGGGUGGACAUGCUGCACGGCCCCAAGAUACAAGAGAUCCGGUUCUUGCUGCAUCCUUUGCCAUCCUUGCACUUCAACAAUUAAUUUCUCGGGAGACUGAUCCUCUUGAGCCCAGGGUACUCUCGUUGGGGUUUGUUGAGGCUGGCCAGGCUGGGAAUGUAAUCCCAGAGACGGUGAAAUUUGGAGGUACUAUUCGGAGCAUAACUACAGAAGGUCUAUCCUAUCUUCAGAAAAGGAUAAUAGAGGUUGUAGGGAAUCAAGCAGCUGUUCAUCAAUGCACUGCUUCUGUAGACUUCAUGGAGGAAAAGAUGAGGCCUUAUCCAGCCACAGUAAAUGAUGAAGCAAUGUAUGAACAUGCCAAGCAAGUUGGGGAAGCUUUGCUUGGCGAAUCCAACGUGAAAGUUACGCCCCUCAUUAUGGGGGCAGAGGAUUUCAGCUUUUAUGCACAGAAGAUGAAAGCUGCAUUUUUCGUGAUUGGUGUACGGAACAAAAAUGAAAAAUCAUCUCCAGGGUUGCAUACACCAUACUUUUUUCUUGAUGAGGAGGUGCUUCCCGUGGGAGCUGCUCUCCAUGCUGCAGUUGCCAUUUCUUAUUUGGAUGCCAAAGCUGUUGAGACACAUUAGGACCUGGCUAUUAUGUUCACUUGCUCCUUCUGUAUGUGAUUAGAAAAAUGUAUCAUCUUAUUAAUACCAGUAUGCUGAAUGCUUUCAACACCUUUUAAACGUGUGAGUAUGCUUCUAAAUCCCAGAAUUAUAAAGAUGGAUAAUUGGAGUUGUCAAA